UUAAAAAAAUAAUAAAAUAGAGAGAGAGAGAAGAGAGAGAUGGUUAGAAGACUAGGAGUGGGCGAUCACAACACGCAAAGCUUCUUCGAAAUUCAUGAGGUUGUUUGUUUUUGGGCUCUAAUCUUAUCUCCUCCUUCUUUCUUCCCUUCUCACUGAUAAGGGAAUUUCAGAUUUUUAUUCUGUUGAGACCCUCUUUGGUUGAUUGAGAAAGGGCGACGUUGCUUGCUUUCUCCUACUUCAUAUGGGUUCUGUGAGAGCACCACCUGUUUUGAAGCUUUAAUAUGUGAUGAUGGUUUCUGGGAGAUUCAGUGUUGGUUUGUUGGGAAAGGGCUGAAGGAGAAAAUUGGGGGUACUUGAAUAUAGGGGGACUUAACAGGGAGAGAGAGGAGAGAGAGAGAGAGUCGGGUGGUAGUUUUUUUUUUAUUCGGAAAUCGAUUACAGUUGUAGUGUGAGGAAUUUUCGGAAUCUCAAGUGACCCAAACAGAGUCGGGGACAGAGAGGUUGUGUGUGUGUAUGUUAGAGACAGAGAGAGAGAGAGAAUAGGGGCUGGCGAUAGUUCUCAGGGAUAUAAUCGGGUGGAGAUCAUUAGGGAAGGAGACCUGGUGAUAAUCCCUAGUGGUCGCCGCCAGAGAGGGUAGGGGUGUAUCGCCGGAGAGCUGAGGGAGCAAGAGAGAAGAAGAGCAAGCUGUAAUAGGAAUAAGUCAACAACAUUCACUAUCAUAGAGAACUGGAAGAGUGAUGGAAGAAAAGGAAAUUCCUGAAGCAGAGGAAAAUCUUGCCGUCCCUCCUCCUCCUCCUCCUCCUCCUCCUCCUCAACCUUUAACUGUUGCAGUGGCUAUCUGUGGUAGUAGACAAUGCAAAUGGGUUCUCAGAUGGGCACUGGAGAAUUUCAUUCCUGAGGGGAAAAUUUUAUUCAAGCUGUUGCAUGUUCGUCCCAAAAUUUCUACAAUCCCUAGUCCCUUGGGAAACCUUCCUCUCGCUCGAGUACGAGAAGAUGUAGCAGCUGGAUACAAAAAAGAAGUGGAAAGAAAAACAAGUGAACUGCUUCUUCCCUACAAGCAAAUGUGUGCUAAAAGAAAGGUGCAAGUGGAUGUCAUGGUGAUCGAAGCAGAUGAUGUAGCACGUGCAGUAUCUGGAGAGGUCGCCAAGUUCACAAUCAGCAAGCUUGUCAUAGGAGCUUCAUCCCAUAGCUUGUUCUCAAGGAAGCUUAAGGGCCAAACUUUAUCCUCAAGAAUCUCGGAAUGCACUCCCAACUUUUGUACAGUCUACGUUGUAUCAAAAGGAAAUUUGAAAUCUGUUCGUCCAUCAACUUCAGAGGAAAACAUAAGCACUAAAGGUGAAAAUGGUGAUACAAGUGGUUCUGACAGCAGUUCAAGUUAUGGUUUCUGCUUACCGACAGGAUCAACUCAAAACCAUUCUAGAGGUCCAUCUGUGGAUAUCAAUGAUGUGGAGGACAUUAUGAGUUCAUAUUCCGGUGAUGCAGAUAUCCAAAAUGAUGGAAGUAGAUUUUCUAGUUAUGAAAGCUUUCGGACAGAUUAUGGAUCAUGUGUAUCUACUCGUGCUUCCACUUCAGAAUCUCUGACGGAUUCUGGUUCAUUAGGAGGGCAGGUUGAUAUUAACUUUGAGUUAGAAAAGCUGAGAAUUGAACUCAGACAUGUCCAAGGAAUGUAUGCAAUGGCUCAACAAGAGAAAGUCGAUGCUUCUCGGAAGCUAAAUGAUCUAAGUGAACGCCGGAAGGAAGAAGCAGUUAAGGUCAAGGAGGUCACCUCCAAGGAGGAGGAAGCUAGAGAACUGGCAAGACAAGAGAAAGAGAAACAUGAAGCAGCGAGGAAGGAAGCUGAGUACAUAAAAGAAUGUGCCGAAAGAGAAGCUUUAGAAAAGAAGCAAGUCGAGAUUAAAGCCGACCAGGUUGCCAAAGAGAGAGAAAAGCUUGAGAAAGCCCUUACAAACCCUGAUCACCCAUAUGAGAUUUUCACAUGGGAAGAAAUUGUAUCGGCGACCUCAUCAUUCUCUGAUGAUCUUAAGAUUGGAAUGGGAGCAUAUGGUGCAGUUUACAAGUGUUGUUUGAAUUAUACAACCUCAGCUGUUAAAGUCCUUCACUCUAAAGAGAGUCGGUGGACCAAGCAAUUCCAACAGGAGGUUGAAAUCUUGAGCAAAAUCCAUCAUCCACAUUUGCUUCUUCUUCUUGGAGCCUGUCCUGAUCAUGGCUGCCUAGUUUAUGAGUACAUGGAGAAUGGGAGCCUGGAUGAGAAGUUGCUUGGGAAAAAUAAUGCACCCCCCAUCCCAUGGUUCGAUCGGUACCGAAUAGCUUGGGAAGUAGCCUCUGCAUUGAUUUUCCUACACAAUUCAAAACCAAAACCAAUCAUCCAUUGUGAUCUGAAACCAGCAAACAUCUUGCUUGAUCAUAACUUUGUCAGCAAGAUAGGUGAUGUAGGCCUUUCCAUGUUGCUUCCUUCAGACCCUUCUUCUGUAGCUACCAUGUACAGGGAUUCGGGCCUUGUUGGGACUCUUUGCUACAUAGAUCCUGAGUACCAACGGAGUGGAAUGAUCUCACCCAAGUCCGACAUUUAUGCGUUUGGCAUGGUGAUCUUGCAGUUGCUAACUGCAAAACCUGCAAUUGCACUGACCCGCAUAGUGGAAAAGGCUAUAGAAGAUGGCCAUUUGAUGGAUAUUUUGGAUUUGGAGGCUGGGGAGUGGCCAAUCAAAGAAACACAGGAAUUGGCUGUGUUGGGAUUGCACUGUGCAGAACUACGACGUCAUGACAGACCUGAUUUGAAGACGCAAGUCCUUCCAGUUUUGGAGAAAUUGAAAGCAAUUGCCGAUAAGGCCAGAGAUUUGGCACCCACUGUCAGAUCAUUCCCUCCGCAACACUUCAUCUGCCCAAUACUUCAAGAGAUAAUCGUUGAUCCCUGUGUUGCAGCAGACGGCUACACGUAUGAGCGCAAAGCGAUUGAGAAAUGGCUCAAAGAUAAUGAUAACUCACCAAUGACUAAUUUACCUUUACCCAAUAAGAAUCUUUUGCCAAACUAUUCUCUUCUUUCUGCAAUUAUGGAGUGGAAGUCCAGAAGAUAAUGGCACCUGAAGAUUAUUAUUAUUAUUUUUUUUUAUAAAUAUAUAAAUUUGUUGUAAAUAUAUAGUUGUAUAGAUUAUUCGUUGGGAUAAGGCUGAGUCGAGUUGUAUAGAACUAUAGAUUAUGUAGUUUCCAAAGGAAAAUUUUGACUGAUACUCUCAUGUCCAUGUAAGUCUACGGGGCUUUGGUGCUUAGUUUUUUAUAUCAUCUACAUUUCACACAUUGUGAUGAUGUUUUUUCUCAUCGGAGCUUAAAAAUAUAUAAAAAAGUGAGAUUUUUGAUAA